GUGCCACGCCGAGCUGAGCUGUCAAUUCUAUUUGUCUUGUCGGCGGCCGGGCAGAGGCAAAAAUCGAUUUAUUCAUAGGUUGCCGGUGAUGUUCUAUUAAAUUUACAUCUAUUUGUGGGAUUUUGUGAAAAAGCAACGACGCUUGAAUAAAAGGAAACAUAAAAGAUGACGGCGGAGACCCAGAAUAAAGCGAAGCUGUUUCGGCUUUCGUCGGACAAACAACUAACAUUUAUUAAAUUAGCUGUUUUAUCAAUGGCAGCUAUUUUAUCAUUUGCAACCCGUCUUUUCUCUGUACUCCGAUUUGAAAGUGUGAUCCACGAGUUUGAUCCUUACUUCAACUACAGAACAACGCGCUACCUCACCCAGGAAGGCUUUUAUUCUUUCCACAACUGGUUUGACGAUCGAGCAUGGUACCCGUUGGGCCGCAUUAUUGGAGGCACCAUCUACCCUGGGCUGAUGGUGACCUCAGCGACCCUGUACAACAUUAUGCAGUUCCUGAACAUCACAAUAGACAUCAGGAAUGUGUGCGUGUUCCUCGCUCCAUUCUUCUCGUCGCUCACUACAAUAGUCACUUACCUCCUGACUAAGGAACUUAAAGACGAAGGGGCAGGCCUUGUUGCCGCUGCCAUGAUCGCCAUAGUGCCAGGCUACAUCAGCCGCUCGGUGGCCGGCAGCUACGACAACGAGGGCAUCGCCAUCUUCUGCAUGCUGCUCACAUACUACUUCUGGAUCAAGGCGGUCAACACCGGCACCAUUCUGUGGGCGACCAUGACAGCGCUCGCUUACUUCUACAUGGUGUCAUCAUGGGGCGGCUACGUGUUCCUGAUCAACCUGAUCCCGCUCCACGUGCUAGCUCUGAUGCUGCUCGGCCGGUUCUCGUGGCGCGUGUACGUGGCGUACAGCGCGCUGUACUGCGUCGGCACCAUCCUCUCCAUGCAGAUCCCGUUCGUGGGCUUCCAGCCGGUGCAGAGCUCCGAGCACAUGUUGGCCUUGGGCACCUUCGGCCUAUGCCAGCUAUACGCGUUCGCCCAGUACCUUCGCGCUCACUUGUCUCAGUCCAACUUUGAGAUUCUCUUCAAGGCGCUCCUCACCACGCUGCUGGCCACGCUGGGAACGGCCGCCGUGGUUCUCACCAUCACAGGAAAGAUAUCGCCAUGGACAGGAAGAUUUUAUUCUCUGCUAGAUCCGUCGUAUGCGAAAAACCACAUUCCAAUAAUUGCGUCCGUAUCGGAACAUCAGCCGACAUCGUGGUCGUCCUUCUACUUCGACCUGCAAGUGCUUGUGUUCCUGUUCCCCGCCGGCCUCUACUUCUGCUUCAGCAAGCUGACUGACGCCAACAUCUUCAUCAUCCUGUAUGGAGUGCUCAGCAUUUACUUUGCUGGAGUGAUGGUUCGUCUUAUGCUGGUCCUCGCGCCGGUGAUGUGCAUAGUAUCUGGCGUAGCCGCGUCUAGUUUGCUGUCUCAACAUGUGAAGAAUUUAGAGCCUACUAAAGUGGAGAAAUUGGAGAAGAAGAAGAAGCAUGACAACAAUUUAGUUUUUAGAACAGAGGUUGGCGCGAUGUUCGUAGUGGUGCUCGGCUGCCUGCUGACGUCGUACGUGUUCCACUGCACGUGGGUGACGUCGGAGGCGUACUCGUCGCCCUCCAUCGUGCUGUCGGCGCGCGCGCACGACGGCGCCAGGAUCAUCUUCGACGACUUCCGCGAGGCCUACACGUGGCUCAAGAUGAACACUGCCGAGGAUGCGAAAGUUAUGUCAUGGUGGGACUACGGCUACCAGAUAACGGCCAUGGCGAACCGAACCGUUAUAGUUGACAACAACACGUGGAACAAUACGCACAUUUCAAGAGUCGGUCAAGCGAUGGCGUCCACUGAAGACAAAGCGUAUGAGAUCAUGCGAGAACUGGACGUGGAUUACGUGCUGGUCAUAUUCGGAGGACUGGUUGGAUAUUCCUCUGAUGACAUCAACAAAUUCCUGUGGAUGGUCCGCAUCGGCGGCAGCACGGACCGCGGCGCGCACAUCAAGGAGGCGGACUACUACACGUCCGCCGGCGAGUUCCGCGUGGACGCCGACGGCUCCCACACGCUGCUCAACUGCCUCAUGUACAAGAUGAGCUACUACAAGUUUGGCCUGGUUUAUACUGAGGGCGGUCGCCCGCCUGGCUUCGACAGAGUUCGCGGCGCCGAGAUCGGGAACAAGGACUUCAAUUUGGACGUGCUGGAGGAGGCCUACACCACGGAGCACUGGCUCGUGCGCAUCUACAAGGUCAAGCCGCUGCCCAACCGCGGCGUCUGAGGGCCCCCCCCUUAUAGCAGAACUUCAAUAUGUGGUAAGAAAAGAGUACCGCGUUCGUGAAGCGAAGGUUCCAGUGAAUUUCAAAUUCCAAGUCCCAAAUAAAAUUGUCACAAAAUCAAAGAACUUUAUAAUAUAUCAUGCUUCCAGUUAACGCUACGCAUCGUAUCGGAACUGAAGGGUUAGUACCAGUUUUCUCGAUCAAACGCGUCGAGCAAUUAAACGCGAAUUUGUAUGUGAUUCGAUGAGCGCCACCUAGUGGUAAGCGAUGGCACUAAUACGACUCCAUACAAACUCGCGUUUACUUGCCCGGCGCGAUUGACCGAGUAAAAUUCGCACUAACCCCUCUGAUUGAAGUCAUUAAAUAUUAUACAAUAUAUUGGGCAUAAUCAUCGCAUUGGGCAUUUUGCCAAGUCUUCCACUAUAAAUGCUGACAUAUCAGAUACCUGAUUUGUAGAUUCAUUCAUUUGCUCAAUUUAUGGUAUGUUUAAUUUUAACCCACAAACAAAUAUCACCUUUGCAUAUUCAUCAAGGUAUAUUAAUGCGGUAUAUCUCAGCUAUUCAAUUAAAAACUUCCGAUAUGGUGCGUAGCAUUUAUUAUCGUGCUAACAAUUUACGUAAAAAUUGGACGUAAUUGUACGAAUAUAAUCAACAUGAUUUUGUUGACAUUCUGCCUAAUCAAGAAAAAUGAUUUCAAUAGAAAUAAACACCACCCAUUAAAAACUGCCUAUUAACCAAUUUUUCUGUUAAUUCCGAUCGCCGAUGUUUUUAAAGUGCAAUGAACCCAUUCUAUAUUUUUUAGUAAUAAGGAAGACUGUAAAGUCACAAAUUGUUCCAAUUUGUAAAUAUUGAAAGAUUAGUGUUAGGACUUCACAAAGCCCAAAUUAUUCUCAUUAAUAAAAAUAUUUUUUUAUUAAAUAAUUGUUUUUUUAAUAAGCAUGUAGAUUUUUUCGUUACAUUGAGAAACAUUGUUUUAAAAGGCAAUGAAAAUAUUGAACUAAGCUUUGUAAAAUUCAAUUUUAUUCACAUACUUUGUAUAAAAAAUCUCAAUUCGUUUUUUCGCCCUCGAAGUUGGUUU